AGUAGCUGGGAUUACAGGUGCCCACCACCACGCCCGGCAAAUUUUUGUAUUUUAGUAGAGAUGGGGUUUUGCCAUGUUGGCCAGGCUGGUCUCAAACCCCUGACCUAAAGUGAUACACCCACCUUGGCCUCCUAACGUGCUGGGAUUGUGCUGGGAUUACAGGCAUGAGCCACCCCGCCCAGCCCCUAACUCUACUUCCAUCCCAAGUCUAGGCCUCAAGGUCUGCAACUCUUAGGCAAGUCUUAGUGCUGAGCUGGGCCCAGGGACAGUAGACUGUGUAGGGCACAGGAGCCACUGAGACACACCAUCUGGGCAGCUCAGCGAGUGCUGGCAUCACCUCUUCCCUAAUCCCAGGCUGCACAGCUAACGGUUCCUAUUCCCAAUCCCAGACUUCCACUUCCAAGUUCUUCUCUCAGACUACAGCCCCGGCAACCCAGAAUUUGGAUUGGCGUCCAGAAGAAAUGCAGGAUUAAACGACCACCUUUCAUUCUAAGACCCCAUCCCUGAAUCUUCAUGAGUAUUCCCAAGCUCCCCUCCCAGUUCCCCCAGCGACGGCCACUUCCUGGUCCCCGACGCAACCAUGGCUGAAGAACAACCGCCGGUCGAAUUGUUCGUGAAGGCUGGCAGUGAUGGGGCCAAGAUUGGGAACUGCCCCUUCUCCCAGAGACUCUUCAUGGUCCUGUGGCUCAAAGGAGUCACGUUCAACGUUACCACAGUUGACACCAAGAGGCGGACCGAGACAGUGCAGAAGCUGUGCCCAGGAGGGCAGCUCCCAUUUCUGCUGUAUGGCACUGAAGUGCACACAGACACCAACAAGAUUGAGGAAUUUCUGGAGGCAGUGCUAUGCCCUCCCAGGUACCCCAAGCUGGCAGCUCUGAACCCUGAGUCCAACACAGCUGGGCUGGACAUAUUUGCCAAAUUUUCUGCCUACAUCAAGAAUUCAAACCCAGCACUCAAUGAUAAUCUGGAGAAGGGACUCCUGAAAGCCCUGAAGGUUUUAGACAAUUACUUAACAUCCCCCCUCCCAGAAGAAGUGGAUGAAACCAGUGCUGAAGAUGAGGGCAUCUCUCAGAGGAAGUUUCUGGAUGGCAAUGAGCUCACCCUGGCUGACUGCAACCUGUUGCCAAAGCUACACAUUGUACAGGUGGUAUGUAAGAAAUACCGGGGAUUCACCAUCCCUGAGGCCUUCCGGGGAGUGCAUCGGUACUUGAGCAAUGCCUACGCUCGAGAAGAAUUCGCCUCCACCUGUCCAGAUGAUGAGGAAAUUGAGCUCGCCUAUGAGCAAGUGGCCAAGGCCCUCAAAUAAGCCCCUCCUGGGACUCCGUCAACCCCCUCCGUUUUCUCCACAAAGGCCCUGGUUUCCACAUUGCUACCCAAUGGACACACUCCAAAAUGGCCAGUGGGAAGGGAAUCCUGGAGCACUUGUUCUGGGAUGGUGUGGUGGAAGAGGGGAUGAGGGAAAGAAAUGGGGGGCCUGGGGGAGAUUUUUAUUGUGGGGUGGGAUGGGUAGGACAACAUAUUUCAGUAAUAAAGUACAGAAUAAAAAUCAAGUGUUUUUAC